CUGCUGCCUGCUCCAGCCACCGGUACAGAGCGAGCCGGGAGCAUGGGGCAGGUGGCUUGGAAAGGUUUAUUUCUGUCGCUUUUUGAUUAUAAAACAGAGAAAUACGUCAUUGCGAAGAACAAGAAGGUGGGGAUUCUCUAUCGAGUGGUGCAGCUCUCCAUCCUGGCUUACCUGGUGGGGUGGGUGUUUGUUGUCAAGAAAGGCUAUCAGGACACAGACACAUCCCUCCAGAGCUCUGUCAUCACCAAACUGAAAGGGGUAGCCUUCACCAACACCUCAGAGCUGGGGGAGAGGCUGUGGGAUGUGGCAGACUACGUCAUCCCUCCGCAGGGUGAGAACGUCUUCUUUGUCAUGACGAAUCUGAUUGUGACCCCAAACCAGAGGCAAGCCACGUGUCCUGAGAGUGCCAGCAUUCCCGACGCCCUGUGUUACAAGGAUGGGGACUGCCCGGCAGGGGAAGCAGUGGUGGCUGGCAAUGGGGUUAAGACUGGCCGUUGUUUGAAAGACAGGGACAGCAUCAGAGGGACUUGUGAGAUACUGGCCUGGUGCCCAGUGGAAAAAAGGUCCAAGCCCAAGAAACCACUUCUUGCCAGCGCAGAAAACUUCACUGUUUACAUCAAGAACUCAAUCCGCUUCCCCAAGUUUAAGUUCUCCAAGAUGAAUGUGCUGGCAACUGACAAUGAGUCCUACCUGAAGAGCUGCCGCUACAGCACGGAGCAUCCCUAUUGCCCCAUCUUCCUCCUGGGGACCAUUGUCCAGUGGGCUGGGAGCGACUUCCAGGAAAUGGCCUUGGAGGGUGGUGUGAUAGGAAUUCAGAUUGAAUGGAACUGUGAUCUUGAUAAAGCCCCUUCUGAAUGUAAUCCUCACUAUUCUUUUAGCCGGCUGGAUAACAACUUUGCAGAAAAGUCCAUCUCUUCUGGGUACAACUUCAGGUUUGCCAAAUAUUACCGGGAUGCUGAGGGGGUUGACUACCGGACACUCAUUAAAGCGUAUGGAAUCCGCUUUGAUGUGAUGGUGAAUGGCAAGGCAGGGAAAUUUAACAUCAUUCCCACCAUCAUCAAUAUCGGAUCGGGGCUUGCUCUCAUGGGAGCGGGAGCUUUCUUUUGUGACCUGGUGCUGCUGUAUCUGAUUAAAAAGAGUAACUUUUAUCGAGGCAAAAAGUACGAGGAAGUAAAGUCCAGUUCCAGGAAAUCGUUAUCUAGCCCUACACUGAAUGGGAAUCAGAGCCCUGAGCAGCUCGGUGGGCUCUAGGCACAGCGGUGGGUCUGCCAGCUGGACUCAUGUUCCAGGAAAACCACGCAGGUGUGAAAUCACACCAGGACUGGGAGGUGGAAAUACCCCAGAUCAGGUCUACUGUCUUCUUAUUGGGAUUUCCAGAGGCAAAAAAGUCCUUUAAAGAACACCCUUCUUUCCCUGAGAUGUUCUCUGGUAUUCCUGAGCUUGCAACAGUGUGUCGUCACUAUGGAUUUAUAAAAGGAUUCUAUAAAAGGAAAAGAAGGCACCAAGUUAAUGUUUUUCUAUCUAUUGAUAGAUAUAUCUGUACCUACAUCACCAGCCAGCAUUAUCCUCUGGCUGUGCUUCGCUUCCGUGUGCGAAAGAGCAGCAAUGUGAAACACCACCGGCACGCUGAGGAGGGCUGAGGCUGAGAUUCAACCCGUCUCCUGCUCUGCUGGCUUGCGGCCACUGCUUCCAACUCUGGCUUGCCUUACGCGCAGGAUUAGAUGUAAAGCAGCAGGACUGCUCUUGUCGGGAAGUGCAGUGAAACGCAGCAUUUCAG